AUGAGCUUUAGUGGAGGUGGCGGUGGCUACAGUGACCAACGUGGCUACGGCUCACGUAAUAGUGAUCAUAGUCGUGGCUAUGACGACCCUAAUAAUCGUUCGGGCAACCGCAUUAGUGGACACGCAGCUGGAGGUUACGGGGAGCAACGAGGAGGUUACGAUCAACGAGGGGGUUACGAAUCUCGUAGCGGUGGUGACAACAGCAGAUCGUCCUCUGGUUACGAUGCUUACAGUCGAGGCGGUGGUGCAGGAGGAGGUUAUGUUGCUUCAAGCUCCGGAUCAAGGGAGUACGAAAGCAGUCGUGGGGAUUAUAGCCAUAGCAGUGGGGGGUACGGUACGGGAGGCUACGAUGAUCGUAGCAGCCGAGCAGGAGCGGCUUAUGGCAGUAGUGGCUACAGAACAUCCGGUUACGAUGACCGAGCAGGUUACGGGGGCACUACUUCACAUGGAUCGUAUGGAGCAAGCUUUUCAAGUUACGAUAACCGAGGAGGUUACGGUGCGUCGUCCUCUGGAGGCUACGAACAGAGUCGAGGAGGUUACGGUGCGUCGUCCUCUGGAGGCUACGAACAGAGUCGAGGAGGUUACAGCGACCGCAGUGCAUAUGAAGGUGCGAGUAGUCAUGGAAGUGGAGCGUAUAACAGUCGCUCCCGUGGAUAUACUGCCAGCAGCAGCAACGAUGACCGCUCACGUGGUAGCACUCGAGAUGAUCGUGGGUACGGAGGAGGAGGAGCAGGUGGUGGUCAUGGGUAUAGAGGACGUGAUGAUCGUGGCUAUGGCGGCAGUAGUGGCGGUGGACGAGAUGAUCGUGGCUAUGGCGGAGGUGGGGACCGUGGAGGCGACCGCGGGUAUGGACGUCCUGACGAUCGUGGAACGAGUGACCGCCGCGGUGGUGGUGACCGUGGGUAUGGCGGAGGUGGCCGCGGCGGUGGCCAUUUUGGUGGCGGAGGAGGCCGCGGUGGUGGCCGCGGAGAGUGUGGCCCUGGUGUUGGUACGGUGACUGGUUCCGGAUAUGAAGCUAUUGGUGAUCCUUUGGCUGAUCCUCGUCUUCUGGACGAGUGGAGUGGUCGCGCAGGGGUGCGUGAGGUGAGCGCUGAAGACCCAGACCUUCAGCAAGAAUUUUUGAUUUGUCGUCGCCCGGGUCUGGCAACGAAUGGCAAGUCGAUGCAGCUGCAGGUAAACUACUUUAGUGUGUCGUUGAACUCGACUCCAGAUGAGAUAUUCAAAUACCACGUGGACGUUGAGCGCUCCCCUGACCUUGCGGCGGACUCGAAGUAUGGCCCGUCAGGCGACGCUUCCGGAGACCAAAAAGACGAGAGUAUGGGUGACGAGUUAAAAAACGAGAAGAAAGACAAAAAAAAAAGGCAAUACGAAGCUGAAUUUGGAGGAAUUCGUGUCGUUCAUGACGGAAUGUCUGCCAUGUACGCGCCGGCUAUGCUAUCGUGGGAAGCACAUUGCAAGACAUUUGUUGACGUUAAUCCGGAUGGUGUUAGUCCUACACCGCCACCUGCACCUGCUGAUGGUGAAGCUCCUCGUCGUCCAUUAAAAGGCCCGCGCACGUUUGUGGUUAAGAUUAAGCUUGCUGAAACAAUUUCGACGAGCUCGUUGACUGAUUAUUACUCCAACCCAGAUGUAAAUGUGAUGCCAGUUCUGCAAGCUUUGGAUGUGGCUGCGCGCCAUUUAGGCGCCCAACGCUUGAUUGCCGUCGGUCGCAACUUUUUUUCGAUGAAGAAAACGGUUCCACUGAAAGGUGGCAAAGAGCUGUGCUGGGGCUAUCAUCAGGCCAUCCGUGUUGCUGAUCGCAAAUUGCUUAUGAAUGUGGAUCAAGCUGCCACAGUGUUUUAUGCUCCUAAAGAGCUCAUGGAACUUGUGCUUCCUGUCUUGAAUGCUCGCUCAGCUAACGACGUCCGAGCCUUAUCAGAACGUGAUGGAAAAAACCUGGCGCGUGUUUUGCGAAAGAUUGAAGUAGUGCCUACCCACCGCAAGGAUCGGAAGCGCGCGAUUUUUGGCAUUAGUGCUCUUCCGGCUAACCAGACUAUCGUAAACAUCAAGGGCGAAUCGAUGUCUAUUGCUGACUAUUUCAACAAGCGGUACAACGUGAAUCUGAGGUAUCCGAAUCUACCGCUGGUGAACGUUGGCAGUAAACGACCAGGCAAGGAGAAUUGGUUGCCAAUGGAGUUAUGUGAGGUUGCACCGGGGCAGCGCUGCUCGAAUAUUAACGAUCUGGAUACUGCAGAAAUUAUCCGACAGACCAGUCAGCCUCCGCGUGCUCGUCAGCAAACGAUUAUGGACCAAGUGCGUCAUGCCGGUUUCGAAAACGAUCCAUACCUGGCUGCUUUUGGCAUUAAGGUGGAGCAGCGUCUUGAAACGACAGAAGCUCGUGUCAUGGAUCCACCUGACGUGCAGUAUGCGAAUGUAUCCGAACGUCCAUCUGGAGGACAAUGGAAUUUAAGAGAUAAGCGCUUUGUGGAGGGCGCUACGCUGCGAAAUUGGGGAGUUGUUGUCUCUGCUAACGUUGGAGAGCGUGAAGUCCAGGGUUUCGUCCGCAGCAUGGUGGAUAUGGCAAGCAAGUGUGGAUUGACGAUCGAAGAUAGUAGCCCAUGUAUGGUUCAUAUGAACCAGCAGCGUGGUGCACAAGUUGAGGAACUUAUGAAGAUAUGUUUCCAAGAGAUGAAGGCACGCAACAAGGGCCCUCCGCAGCUCAUUAUGGUGAUAAAGCAGGACAAAAGCGUUGGAUCCUACGGUGACAUUAAGCGUAUGUCUGACACAGUUUUGGGUAUUCCCAGUCAGUGCAUCGUGUCCCAGAACGUUCGCAGUGCGAAACCGCAGUACUGUGCUAACGUCUGCUUGAAGAUCAACAUGAAGCUUAGUGGAAAGAAUUCGAUGCUGCGCGAGCCAUUACCCCUAGUGAGUACCGCUCCAACGAUCAUUAUCGGCGCCGAUGUCGAGCACCCUCGCUCUGGCAUGGGCUCGCGACCGUCCAUUGCUUCUGUUGUUGCUUCUUUGGAUCGUUUCUCAGCGAAGUAUGUUGCUCGUGUAGCAGCGCAGAAGGCUUCUGGCGAUAUUCAGCUUCUACCGCAUAUGUUGCGCGACCUCUUUUUGGCCUACUACAAAAGUACUAGUCGAAAACCUGAGCACGUCAUCUAUUACCGCGACGGUGUCAGUGAGGGUCAGUACUAUGACAUAUUGCAGAUGGAAAUGCGCGCGCUUCGGAAGGCGUUUAAGAUGAUUUCUGAAGACUACAACCCUCCAGUUACGUUCAUCAUUGUGAACAAACGCCAUCAUAUGCGGUCUUUCCCCGUCAAUCAGCGCGAAGCUGAUCGGAAAGGCAAUGUAGUCCCCGGAACAGUGAUUGACACUGGAAUUGUGGAUUCACACCGCUUUGACUUUUUCUUGUACGGCCACAGCGGCAUUCAAGGCACGAGUGUUCCCUGUCAUUACACUGUUUUGCACGACGAGAACAAAAUGUCGGCAGAAGACGUGCAACGGUUGACGUACCAUCUUGGGUACACGUUUGCGCGUUGCACACGUUCCGUGUCUUUCGCCACACCCGCUUACUACGCACAUUUGGCUGCCGGCCGUGCACGCUUUUUCCUUAACGAAAAUUCCGAUGGCGUAUCCACUGUGGGUUCGUCUAACUCGAACUCGUCCAUCUUUGACUUUACGGAGCUGCACAACGACCUCAAGAACUGCAUGUUUUUCAUUUAG